UUUUUUUUCUUCUUCUUCACAUUAGAAUAUAAUAUCAAGUUUUUUUUUUCUACACAUAUAUAUUUAUAUUUAAUUAUUUAUUUAUUUUUAUAUUUGUAUGAUGAUUAAUAAUAAUGUAGUAAAUCACAAUAUGAAUAGUAAUAAUGAUUUAUCAUUUGAAACAGAACAAAAUGGUGAAUAUAGUCACCAUGAUGUAGCACAACAACAACCUCCACAAACCACCAUCAAAUUUGAUGAAGAGAAAAAUAGAGAAAUGAAAGAAUACCAAGUGCAAUAUAAUGAAAAAUAUUCACAGAAACCGUUAACAAGGCAAUCAACAGGCCAAAGCUCAACGGAUUUUGAUACCAAGUCAGUUCGUAGUGUGUUGAUGCACAAAAUGAAUUUGAUAAAGAGAAGAAGAAAGAGUAUAGAUGAAUCAGAAAGAGUAGAGGGUCCUCCAUAUCAUACAAUGGAUCUUGAUACUGUAACUCAGUUAUUGAGGUCUGAUCUAGAAGAUGGUUUAUCUGAAUCUAUGGUUGAUGAAAGACGUUCUGAAUAUGGUUUUAAUGAAAUGGAAGGUGAAGGUGGUGUAAGUCCCUUGAGGCUUUUGCUUAAACAAUUCUUGAAUAUUAUGGUUCUAAUUCUUUUGAUUGCAAUGAUUGUUUCUUUUGUAUUUAAAGAUUAUAUUGAAGGUGGUGUCAUUUGUGUCAUCAUGUUCCUUAAUGCAGCAGUUGGAUUUAUUCAAGAAUUUAAGGCUGAAAAGACAAUGGAUUCUCUUCGUCAAAUGGCUUCUCCUACAAGUCAAGUUAUUCGUGGUGGGCAUCAAAAGACAGUUCCUACUCGUGAAUUAUUACCGGGUGACAUCAUUAUUCUAAAAACUGGAGAUGUUGUAGGCGCUGACUGUAGAAUUAUUGAAUCUUUUAAUAUGGAUGUGGAUGAAGCUCUGCUAACGGGUGAAAGCAUACCUGUCAAUAAAAUACCUGAUGUCAUUCAAGGUGAUGAUGUACCAUUGGGUGACCGUGUUAACAUGUCUUAUUCAAGUACCGUUCUUACAAAAGGUCGUGGUAAAGCCAUUGUUACUGCUGUGGGCAUGCAAACUGAAAUUGGUAAAAUUGCUAAACGUCUCUUGGAUUCGGGUGAUAACUCCAAGACGCCCCUUCAAAAAUCUUUAGAUCGUAUGGCUUUAGUUUUGUUAGCUGUGGCUAUUAUCUCACUUAUUAUUGUCUUUGCCGCUGCAAAGUUUCAUAUCACAAAUGAAGUUGUCUUGUAUGCUAUCUCUACCUCCAUCUCUGUGAUCCCUGAGGGGCUAGUGGCUGUUGUCACAUUAACUCAGGCGUUUGGGGUAUAUGGCAUGGCUAAAAGUAAGGCCCUCGUUCGUCGCUUAGCUGCUUUAGAACUCCUGGGUGCCGUUACAAAUGUUUGUUCUGACAAGACAGGUACGCUAACUCAAUCGAAAAUGGUCAUGACACGACUUUGGAGACCAGAUACAGGGUUUUAUUCUGUCAGUGGUAUCGGUUUCGCUCCUGAAGGUGAAGUCAAAUCGGAAUCAGAUAAUGCCACGAUUAUGACAAAGGAGAAGAUGGAUCAUGGAUUUCAAAUGAUGGUCAAUGCAGCUGCUCUUUGUAACAUGAGUGAAGUACGUAAAGAUAAGGCUACUGGCGAUUGGUCCGGUAUUGGUGAUCCCACUGAGGUUGCCCUUCAGGUCUUUGCUCAUAAACUACAAAAUGGUAAACCUUCGUUAAUUAACAAAGAUAAUCCUACUAGAUGGAAUUUAAUUGCUGAAUAUCCGUUUGAUUCCUCUAUUAAACGUAUGACCGUCCUUUGUCAAUCACCUAAUGGUGCAACAAUUGCCUUCCUAAAGGGGGCCACUGAACGUGUCCUGAGUUGUUGUGUCGGUAUGCAAAUGUCAGAUACGAAUGAUGUGCACUCGAUGUCGCCUAAGGAAAUUGAGGAAAUUGUACUCCCCAAAGUCGAUUCACUCGCUCGUGGUGGUCUUCGUGUGUUAUCAUUAGCUAUGCGUCGCAUGAAACAUGAGGAUGGAUCUAAUAUUUCAUCAGAUACCUUUGUACGUGAACAAGUCGAACAGGAGAUGAUAUUCUUGGGACUGGUUGGUAUCUAUGACCCUCCACGACUUGAAUCUAAAAUGGCCGUUGAACAAUGUCAUAAAGCUGGUAUCACUGUUCAUAUGUUGACGGGUGAUCAUAUUGCUACUGCUACUGCUAUUGCUCGUGAAGUUAGUAUCAUUCCUGCUGACUAUGGACUCAAGGCAGAAGAUGAUCAAAAUCAAUCUUCUAAAGAGAUGAAUCAUCAUUCUUAUGAGGGUAGUAAAGGCACUACUACUAAUCUCGUUAUGACCGCUCAACGAUUUGAUAAAUUAACAGAAGAAGAAAUUGAUGCCCUACCUGAACUCCCCCUCGUUAUUGCCCGUUGUAGUCCUGAUACAAAAGUGAAAAUGAUUGAAGCCCUCCAUCGUCGCAAGCGUAUUGCUGGCAUGACAGGUGAUGGCGUCAACGAUAGUCCCUCCCUCAAGGAAGCUGAUAUUGGUAUUGCUAUGGGUGAAAAUGGUUCAGAUGUAGCAAAGCAAGCUGCUGAUAUUGUUCUUGUUGAUGAUAAUUUUGCUACCAUUGUAAAGGCAAUUGAAGAAGGUCGUCGUGUUUUUGGAAACAUUGCUCGUUUUGUAGUCCAUAUGGUCUCUGGAAAUGUGGCUGAAUUAACGCCGUUAUUGAUUGGUUUGGCCUUUAUCGAUAGUUCAGGCAGCUCGGUCUUCCCGAUGACACCGAUCCAAAUUUUAUUCAAUAAUAUCUUGACUAGCUCUCCACCUGCCAUGAGUCUAGGCCUUGAACCUAUUCAUAAUGAUCAAAUGCUUCAGCCUCCUCGAUCAAAGAAGGAAGGAUUAUUUAGUCGUUCAAACCUUGCGGAUAUUAUCUUUUAUGGUUUCUCCAUUGGUAUCAUUUGCUUGUGUAAUUUUAUCAUUGUCCUGUAUGCCUAUGGUACGGGUAACCUUGGUGUAGACUGCAAUGGUGAAUACAAUGAUACCUGUGAUGAAGUCUUCCGUGCACGUGGUGCACUCUUUGCAACUUUAACAGUGAUUGUCUUGUUACAUGGUUUUACAUGUCGUGAUCUUCGUAACCCUACUUGGACAUGGUCUGCUCUCAAGGGACCCAAAAAUAUUUAUCUUUAUUGGUCUACCCUAUUUGGUUUCAUCUUAUUGAUCGUUGUCCUUUAUGUACCUUUCCUUAAUACAAAGGUCUUUAGACAUAAGCCUAUUACUUGGGAAUGGGGUAUGACCGUUGCAUCUGUCAUCCUUUAUAUUGGUAUUGCAGAAUCCUACAAGUGGAUCAAACGAAGAUUUUUCUAGAAAGUUCACAAGAUUGGCAGCAAGUAUAAUAAUAAUAUAUACAAGACCGACAUACAGAAUAACAAAGCAUUGCAUAUAGCCGCAUCCUUU